UCUUUGCUGGCAAAGAAAAAAGCAAGUUGAGGGAGGUGGGUGGGUGGAGAAUGAGGCUGCUGUGUGGGCAGCAGCCUCAGCACCAUGCUAAGGGGGUGGGGCCCAGGCCCCUGCAGGAAUCCAGCUGCUUGGCAGCCUGGGAGGCACAAGGACCUUGGCCACAUCGACCCACCCAUGCAGCCCUCUGGCCGCAGCCUGUUACCACUUCUCCUGUGAGUCUCAGGCCCUAGUCUUGGUCAACAUAUGCUCUAAGCCCCUCCUGGCCCAAGGGUCAGGGUGCUACGGCUUCUGUGGGUGGGAGGCCCAUCUCCCAGGAGGUGCUCUGGAAAAGCAGAGACCAAACUUGCAUAGAAAGGGGAGAAAGGGUUUGCCGGCCACAGGGAUGAGAGCACAGGCUUCAAGGUGCUGUGGAUUCGUGUUGGUGAGACGAGUGUACAGCACGGGACACAGAACUAGGCGUCGAGAUGAGGCUGCAAGUAUAUGGCUGGGGCCACAUCCUGUCCUGGAAGGGGAGUAGGGGCAUCUCCCUAAGCCCUGGGCCCUGCUCUCGUGCAGUGCAGAGUGUUCUAGGACACUCCCACCAUGCUCUGGGGCUGUGGUCCCCAACUGUGCCAGAUUCCUUUCAAAGCCCUUGGCAAGCACCCUCCAGUUGGCAGAUGCUAGGAGCCAAACCAGAUCACUCCAAAAGUUGAGAGUUUUAACAGGAAGGGGAAAAGAAAAAAAGAUGAUGAACUAGACUAGACCUAAAGAGCUUUCCCAAAGAGGGGGUUCUUUGUAGCCUGAGGGGGUGAGGAGUAGCCUGACCUUGAUCCUCAACCCACUGGAGUUCUCAGGAAUUGAGUAGGGCAGGGCAUGGUCAGCUCUGCUGCUAGAAUGACUACUCGUGGUCAGUAGAGGAACGGACAUCUCACAAAAGCAGGAUGCCGAAAAUGGAGAUCUACAGCCUUGGGGAGCACUCAUGCAGAGGAGGAGUCCAAAGGAGCAUCCAGACACCUCGCCUGGCUGAACACAUCACCCAGAUGGAGACCCAGAAGGAGGAGGAGCAGAAUUCUACAUGGGAGACAGUGGAGACUGGGGAGUCAGCCUGUCCAACCCCACCCCCAAUCCAAGACUCAAGGGAGAGGCCAGGCCACACACACCACGUCAGGGUUGGAGAUCCAAGAAGAGGAAAUGCUCAUCCCAGCUGUGUGAGCGCCCACCCUGGGCCGGGCAGCAAGGCUGGACAGAAAGGGGGAAGGGGCUGCCACAGCAGGCUCGGGACAGCCCCACCCCCAGAUCUCCCUCCGGGCGGCGGCGCAGGCUGCAAUGGAAGAAGCAUUUCCUCAUUCCAGAGGCUGCGACUCAUGGACGUCGGGAUCCGCGCCCGCCCCCCCUCAGCUGCCCGGCUGGGGACACGAAGGCCCGGGAAGGGGGCGCUUUCCCAGGCUCCGUGGCCCUCCCCGCCCCGCGCGCGCGGUCUGGGCUCUGUCCAGGGUCUAGGGAGGCUCUCGGGUCCCGGCCGUCCCUGUUCCGUGGCUGGGGCAGCUGUGUCCGGCUCCGGCAAGGCGAGGACUCGAGCCCUGGCCGCCGGUUCGCAGGAACCCCGGGUUCGAUGCUUUGUCAACCUGCUUGGGGUGUCAGUUUCCCGCUCUGGGAGGUGGGGUCGGGCCAAGACGAGGAGGAGCCCGCGCAAGCGCACUCACCACCACGGCGGUGACCGGCUGGCCCGGAAUGUAGGACAUCUCGACCCCACUCUGGUCGCCCAGCCCCACUCGCAGAAGCCGGCAGAAGAGUUCCUGCGGCCGCGCCCUCGCUGCUUAACAAAGGCCGCCCUGCUCGGCCCGCCCCCUCAUGAAUAG